CACUUACACCGUAGAUUUGAUGUAGUAUAAGUAUCAUUGCAAAUGCGAAAGGAAAAGGAAACCGGCAAUGAGUCUUCACUAUCGAGAACAUCCUCAAAAUCACUGCCAUUUCACUCGCAAUUAUGUCUUCCUCGGAAGUUGAAGCCAUCACCGCAGUCCUCCACAAGUACGGAGCAGCUCUGAAGAGCCGCAACGUGGAGGACGUCGUCAAUCUCUACACGUCCGACGGCGUCAUCAUGCCGCCUCACUUCACAGCCACCGUGGGCACAGCCGCACUUCGCGAAUCCUACACGCGCAUCUUCUCGACGGUUCAGCUGGUCAUCGCGUUUUCAAUAGAGGAGAUUGUCAUCAUGUCUCCUGAAUGGGCAUUCGCGAGGACGACCGCCGAGGGCACCAAGACGAUGCUGGCGACACAGGCGUCUGAGGAGCAUGCGAACCAGGAGCUUUUCAUUAUGAAGAAGGAGGAUAAGGGUUGGAGGAUUGCUAGAUACGCAUUUUCGACGAUGAAGCCUCUGGUUCAAGAUGGUGUACGGAGGAGUUGAGGGGAACUAUUUAUUUUUACACUACGCAAGGGCAAAGGUUUGUGAUUCGAUGACCAGGAACAAGAUUAGCCAUGGUGAGACCGCAAGAAAAGCAGAUUUAUAGAUUAAAUACUGUAGGCAUUGCAUUGACUUAUAUGUCGAUCUAUCACCAAGACUAGGACUGCAAUAAGGUACCAAGCAUAUGGUUGUAUCUC